AUGGAAUGCUUUAUGAUUCUUACCCCAAGCCAACAGCUAGUUAUCGCUGCUCUUUCCAUAACCCUGGGUACAUUUACUGUGCUGGAGAACAUGCUUGUGCUGUGUGUCAUCUUGCAGUCUCGUACUUUGAGAUGCAGACCCUCCUACCAUUUUAUUGGAAGCUUGGCAGUUGCUGAUCUUCUAGGCAGUGUCAUUUUUGUCUACAGUUUUGUUGAUUUCCAUGUUUUCCAUCGGAUAGACAGCCCAAAUGUUUUUCUGUUCAAACUAGGGGGCGUCACAGCUUCAUUCACAGCCUCAGUUGGCAGUCUGUUUCUAACUGCAAUAGACAGGUACAUCUCCAUACACAGGCCAUUGUCCUAUAAAAGAAUAGUCACAAGGACAAAAGCUGUCAUUGCAUUUUGUAUGAUGUGGACGAUAGCUAUUGUCAUUGCUGUGCUUCCUCUGCUAGGAUGGAAUUGCAAGAAACUAAAAUCCAUAUGUUCAGAUAUUUUCCCUCUUAUUGAUGAGACCUAUCUGAUGUUUUGGAUUGGGGUAACCAGUGUUCUUUUGUUAUUUAUAGUGUAUGCAUAUAUGUAUAUAUUGUGGAAAGCUCACACCCACGCUGUGAGAAUGUUGCAACAUGGCAAAGUGCACAUCACUAGACCGGACCAGGCUCGUAUGGAUAUUAGGUUAGCAAAGACCCUGGUCCUUAUUUUAGUGUGUUAA